GGUAUGCUGCGUGUAACGUUAUAUGUACAUGAGUUAUUAAUUUAGCUGAAACUCUUCUCCAAAGUGACUUACAAUAUCAAUUAAGCUACCUACAGUUAUUUAUCUAUGCAGCCAGCCUGGUUGCCGCAACUAGUCUAGUGAGGUACAUCGAGUCGAGUCGAGGCGGCAUCGAUCGUUCGAACCUGUGGCUUUUCGGUUCUAAAGGCGGCGGCGACUGUGUAACCACUACGCUUCCAGUUCCAUCCUCAUUCACUGGUUGGUAGAACAUGUCAUGCAGUGAAACGAGGAGUAAGAAGCGCCUGCAUUCAUUGCCUCACGAAUGGAAAGAACACUCGCUGGUGCCACAGAAGGGCGAUUAACAUCCUGUGCAGUAGGGGGCGCUAGUGACAUUAGCUAGUGUGUGAGUUUGCUCGCUGGCGUCUCCCGACACCGCGGUCGUUCGCUCCCGCCGGUAAAGAAGAAUAAACAUCAGGUCCAGGCUGGCCCUCGGCGUGCUGUGACGUCCACCGCCGGGGACGUCUCGCUGUGAUGGAUGAUGGAGUCGGCGCUGCUGGUGGCUCCUGUCACGGCUCUCGAGUUCCUGGGGGACGACUGUCUGCUGGCGGGGAAGGGUCCCGUGCUGUCCGCCUACAGUCUUCGGGCUCCCUCCGUGAAGUCGGCCUCGCUGAGCGUCCUCCGGAACCACCGCGUCCACGGAAUCCGGCCGGAGCGCCGGGACCGCGGCGUGUCGGCGGAGGUCGCUGCGGAAGAGGAGCCGCUGGGGUCGUCAUGGCAACAAAGGGUGCAGCUGGUGGUGUUCGGGGGCAAGGCCCUGAGACUCGUGGAGCUUGGAGGCAGCGAGGCGUUUGACCUUCGAACUCUUGGCCCGGUGAGGGAGCUACAAGACUGGGUGCUGGAUGUGCGCUGGGUGGGCGGCGCUGCUCACCUCCUGGGUGUUGCUCUGGCCCACAAUGCCGUGCUGCUGUUGGAGGCGUGGGAGGGGCACGUGCUGCUGCGGAGCUCCUGCGAGGACGGGUGCCUGCUCUACUCGGCCCUGCUGGUUGGACCGUGCUGGCAGAGCUUGACCGUGGUGGGGGGGACCGUGUUCAACCAACUUGUCAUCUGGAGACCAACGGUGACGGCGGGGGUCGGGGCGGCCAGAGAGACAUCUGAGCGGGAGACGGGAUCUGGACGGACGGCACCAGUGGAGCGACGCCUGAAGGGGCACAGUGGCGUGAUCUUCGGCCUGGCUUACCUCCCCGAACGAGGAUGGCUGGCUUCCGCCUCGGACGACCGCAGCGUGCGGGUGUGGGGUGUCGGCCCCCUGGGAGGGGCAGCGGGCUGCGGGGACCCCUCCCCCACCUGUCUGCAGGUGCUCUAUGGGCACCAGGCCCGGGUCUUCUCAGUGACGCUGUUGCCCGUGGGCGUGCUGAGCGCUGGCGAGGAUGGGGUGUGUCUCCUCUGGGACUGCGGUAGUGGUAAAGUGUCCCGCGCACUGAAUGGACACCGUGUGGGAGGGGUCCGUGCGCUGGCAGUUAGUUCCGGAUGGGGCGGACGCAGCCCGCAGGUGGCCACCGGGGGUGCUGAUGGGGGGAUCCGCCUCUGGAGCUUGGGGGAGACUGACGGUGGGCAGGUGGAGGCGGAACUUGUGCAGGACCUUGAGUUCCAGGGAGGGGGGAGUCCCAAGGUGGUACGCAUGGUGUGGGGAGGGGUCAAGCGGCACUGGGGUGUGGUAGCCAGCACCGACCAGGGGGAGGUGUAUCUCUGGGAAGAGGGAAGCGGCUGGCAGCUGCUGUGGCGGGGGGGCGCGCAGUUCCAGUCCUACAACGCGAUGGAGCUGCUCCCGUGGGAAGGCGAAGGUGCCGCGUCCAGCAGGGGAGCGCUGUGCGCCGUGGGCAGCCUGAGUGGAGACGUGUGGCUCUUCCCCCUGUCGCAGCCUGCUCGCGGGACUCUACUGAGGGCAGGAUUGGGGAAGGUGCACAGCGUGCUGUGGGAAGGCGACAGGGAGCAGCGUGCGGGGCACUUGUUGGUGUCGGGGCCCGAAGGGCUGGUGCGCCGCUGGCUGGUGAAGCCGGAGCUCGGCGAGGGGGCCGUCAGCCUUGACUGCGUGCCCCUGAGGUCCUUUCUGCUGCCCCCAUGUGCCAAGCGCUGGCUGACUGCCGCGAUCCUCGUGCCCCAGCCGCAGGGGGCACUAUGGGUGUGCGGGGACAGGCGCGGGUCACUGCUCUUGUACCGGGACUCCGACGAGGGAGGCGAGGCUGUGGGGGACGCUCUGCGGCCUCUGAGCGUCCUGUUUGGGGUCCACGGGAAGCAGGGUGUGACGUCAGUGUGUGAGCACCGCGGUCUGCUCUACAGCACGGGGCGUGACGGCUGCCUGCGUGUGUCCAGGGUGGGUGACGGGGGGGGUGGGCAGCUGGAGGUGCUGCGGGUUCAACGGGCCUGCGGCGGCAUGGACUGGCUGGAGCGCGUCGUCAUUCGGGAGCCAGAAGGGGAGGGAGACGCGUGCUUUCUGCUCAUGGGGUUCCACUCGGUCCACUUCGAGGUGUGGGACCUGCUGCGCCGGGAGCGCCUCCUAUCUGUGCCUUGUGGGGGGGGGCAUCGCUCCUGGAGCUACUGCCCCCCAGGGGGCGGCUCGGCCGAAGAUGGAAGCGCUGUGGUGUUUGUGAAGCAGGGGGCGGUGCUGGCCUCGCGGACCCCUGCGGACACCUCCCACCCUAGCGGAGCCAGCCUGGAGCUCGAGGGGGGUCUGCAUGGGCGGGGCAUCACCUGUGUGUGUCACCUGGGUGCCGUACGGGCCGCUGGGGACCGGUGGGAAGUUCUGGCCACGGGAGGAGAGGACACCAGAGUGAGCGUGCUGGCGGUGCGGCCGCAGAACGGAGCGGUCAAGGUGCUGGCGGUCAUCGCCGAUCACAUCUCCAGCGUCCGAGCUCUAGCCGCUCUUCGGCGACAGGACGGAGGCGGAGGCGCAACGUCUCUCUCCGCCUUGCUAUUCUCCGCCGGGGGGCGGGCUCAGCUGCAGUGCUGCCGGCUCCUGAUUGGUGGGAAGGAACAGGUGGGCUCGCUCUCCUGUCAGGUGAUCCAGGUGGCACGUCACCGGCUGGACGAGCACUGGGAACGACGGCGGAACCGGCACAAGUUGGUGAAAAUGGACCCCGAGACGAGAUACAUGUCCCUGUCUGUGGUUUCUCAUACAGCAGAGCAGGUCUUCCUGGCAGCAGCGUGCAGCGAUGGAGUGCUGAGGCUUUUCUCCGUGUCUGAGAGCGGGGGGAAGUUCCACCUCCUCUGGGAUUGCUCCUAUCAUCAGCGCUGUGUGCUCAGUGUCGCCUCCUGCUGCCUGGAGGACCCAGAAGGCAACGAGAGGCUGUUUGUUAUCAGUGCUGCAACUGACGGCAUAAUUGCAUUUUGGGACAUGACUGGAGUCACGGAUGUGGAAGAUGGCCAAACUGCUCCCCCCUCCUACGCAGGUCCGUUGAGGCCCUGCCUCACAGUUCCAGCCCAUCAGAGUGGUGUAAACACUCUAGCCCUGUGGGAGGGUCCUUGGGAAGGCCAAGAGGCGGAGCCUGCUGGACACAGCUGGAUGACCAUUGCCAGCGGGGGUGAUGACGGGCAGCUGUCAGUCAUCAGAAUCCAGGUGCAGUUGCGCCCCAGGGAGAUGGGGGGCAGUGGCGUGUCUCUGAAGUUGUGGUCGCGCUCUGCGCUGCCCUCGGCACAUGCUGCCCCCCUGACGGCGCUGUGCUUCCUGAGCCCCGCUCUCCUCGUCUCCACCUCCCCCGACCAACGCGUGUGCCUGUGGAACCUGUGCGCUUCUUCUCUGGGCCACGGAGGGGUGCUGUUCUCACACGUGGCUGAUGCUGCUGGCCUGGCUGUGUGGAAAGGUACAGAAGCAGAGUCAGGACCAAAGGGCAGUGCCUGGGUGGCAGUUUGUGGUCAAGGGUUACAGGUCCUGCGCCUUAAAGAGGAACGGGAUGCUGGGAAAAGGACCGAGUGAAAAGGCACAGCAUAUUUGUAACCAUGUAUCUCUGCCGGUACUUUUGUAUUAAUUCUCUGAGAGAACUGGCGACUCCCUCUGGGACAGGACUACAGUGAUCCUGUCUGGGGCACUUGCUCACUCACAAUGACGGUACGGACUUUGAAUUUCCCGCAAAGAGGGCCUGCAUCCUGGAUGUUCAGGAUGAAUGCGAGGUCGACGGGGAGCUGCUCAUCACUGCUCUCGCUUCCAGCCGUGUGACGUGUCUGUGACCCGGUGAGAGACGCGCCGAUUUACCACCUCGUUCAGCGUCGGACAGGGACACGACAGUCCAGUGUUUCAGCUGCAUCUGAACCAAAGAUGUUUCCUGGUCCGUCUGGAGUAGAGUGUCGCGCUGUGAAAGGAGCGCCAGCUUCCUCUGCAUUUUAUCCUCUAUAAAUGAAGAAUAAUGUUUUUUACUUUAUUGUGGUGCUGUAAUUAAAAAAAAAUCAUUAAAUCAAUGAAUUAAUAGUGUAAAUAAAUGAACUGGAGCUGGCAGUCUGCCGUGUUGUUACAGCCCCUUUGUAGCCUCGCUCUUGGGUAUCGCAGGGGCAGGUGGAGCAGCAGUGCUGCUCCAUGGUGCCACCGCUUCGCUUUGGGGGCUUUUCCCUCCCAUAGGCGACACAUGAAUAUUUGAUGGUUCCCCACACUGCCUUUUGUGUGUCGCUCCUGUGACCGCCGCGUGGCCUGGGCAGUCGCAGAGACGAGGGGGAGGGGGGGAACGGAGGCCGCGGUAUCGGUGAGAUGAGACAUGAAACCCAGGAGAGUUUCCAGCUGAGAGAGAGGAGACGGGAAAGGCAGGAAGAGGACUGUGUGUUUACAUGUGAGCGCUCCGAGGCUGCGCCAGGUAUGUCCCGCAGGAGAAGAGGCCAGGGGUCUGAGGCCAGCAGCAGGGCUCCGGGUCCCAGCAGAAGGAAGGGUCUUCCGAAAGAAGCUCUCCUCCACACCACUCCUGCUUCAGGGGCCAUGGUCCCGCUGACGUCCCGGGACACGCUGGUGCUCCUGAAUCCCUCGAACAGUCGGACAGAAGCGGUGAAGUGCGGCCAUGCAGCGCUGCAGCACCCCGUUCACGCCAGGAGGAGAAGGCAUCCUCCGCCAGCUUUGACCUCCGCUGACCUCCCAGACGCCCUGACUCCGUGGGUGGCGCCCUCUCGGUCAGAGUCCUCGUGCAGCAGCAUCCCGCCAGCUCGGCCCGUUUGUCCCGCCCUGCUCUCUUCUCCCCGCCCGAGGGGCCGGCUGGAACGCGUCAGGGAUGGUGGUGGUGGAUUCCGCUCCCCCGCGAACGCGGCACCUCCUCAGGACGCUGACAGGUUCCCGGGAGGAUGUCGUAAGCUCCUCCCCCGACAGUUUCCCUCACGCGCCUCCCGCCUCCCUCCGCUGCAGCCCAUCUCCAACCUCAGCUUCUCCCGCAGCUUCACCUUCUCAUUCUUCCAGCUCCCCCUGCACCAAUCGGCCCGGAGCCGCGCUGACCGCAUGCGGGACCUCACUCCGCUUCUGCGUCAGGGGCGGCACUGACACCAACAUAAACCGCAUCAGCAGAAGCUGCAGUGGUGCUCAGUGCAGCCACAGCACCUGCAGCCACCUCUGUCUGCACUGACCCAAAAUGACCACGUGGACCAUGCAGUGACUGGAUGGCAACCUGCUCUUAGCCCACUGCUGCACUGACCACAUUUGAACCGGACGAGAGCUGCACAGCUGCAGUCUGGCACCCAAACACUGAAUGUCCUAUAAAUGUGUGUUCAGCAACCAUCCUGCAGCUGGGCUCGAUGGGGAAACGGCACCACCUGCAAAACGAUUGCAGCCCUGUGCUAACUGCACCACACACACACACGGCUGUGUGUCAUGUCAUAUAACUGCACUGCGCGCACACACACUGGCUGUGUGCAUAACUGCAGAACACACACAUACAGGCUGUGUAUAUAUUUGAGAUUGUAGAACAUGCUUGUUUGUAUUUAAUGUUAGUGAUAGUGGUUUAGGUGAACAAAAGAUGCACUGUAUGUCUCAGAUUGUGUACAUUAGCUGUAGGCAGACAUGGUAAUUAUACCUUCUCCAGCUCAGUGUUUACUCUUUCCCACACUCCUGUAGUGUUUACUAGCUUUUGGGCUGCAUUAGUAUUGGUAGAGAGGGGGCCCACAGUGGUAAUUUCCAGUGGGGGCUGGAUGUGUCGCCAAGGUGGCUGGACUCGUGGGUGAGUUGAGCCGUGAAUAUGGCGGUAUGAUGAAGUCAUCCAUAAAAUUACAGCAGACUCUGCCCCGGCCGCCUCGCCCAAAGGGGGAGAGAAUUAAAGUGCAAUCAGAACGACGCGGAGCUGAGAACAGAUCAGGGCAAAGGUGGUGGAGUUCCCGAAUCUGGAGAAGAGGCACCUGUCAGGUAAGACACCUGCUCACCUGUCGUACUUCUCGGUGCUAUUCGUAAGGGGUGGUGCGCAGGGCCGGUAGAGACAUACAGAC